AUGUCGGUAUUUCAUGUCCAUGAAUGGCUUACAUUUGAAUUAAUUGAUGCUAAUGUUUGCGCAGUUGGCGAAUUAAUCGAGAAACGAGAUCAAUUAGUGGUGGGUAGUAUAACAGGUCGAAUAUGGAUCAUCGAUCCGGGUCGAACAAGUGAUACGAAGCAACAAUUCUUGAGUUGUUUAUUAGAGAAAGAUUUACCCGCUGCUAUAUUGGACAUUGCUAUUGCAAAUUUCAUUUCCGGUUUAGAACAAAAUGUGAUCGCCGUAUUAUCGCCGCAAAAACUGAUAAUUUAUCGCCUUAUUUCAAAUGGAGAAGUUUAUGAAUUGUGUACCGUCUAUGAACAUAGUAUCACUACGAUAGCAUACAACAUGUGUAUCGGUACAUUCGGUCGAGCAACUGCAACACAAAUAUGUGUCCAAGAUAUGACAUGUUCAUUGAUGGUCUUCGAAGCGGAAAAUCAACUUUUCUACCGUUCGAUUAAUUUAAUAACCGCUCUACAUCCAGGUCCAAUCAUCUAUACACCUCAUUCCGAUUCAAUCAUUAUCGCAUCAUCUUCAGCAAUCUUAGUUUCCUAUAGAUAUUCCGUUCUUGCUACAGCAUCAAGUGGAAAAAGUGGGAAAAAAAUUAUUACUAAUUGGACAUUUAGCUUGGGUGAUUAUCCAUUGAAUUUAGAAGUGAUUGAUACAUCACUUGUACAACCGUCUAUUAUUAUUCUCUGCAAGCGAACUUUAUUUUGUUUAACUCAUGGUGGUACCUUAAGAUUUACAUAUCGCUUACAAUGUGUUGCAACUUCACUUUUUGUUUACGAUUCUACUCAUGAUGCAUAUAUAAAAUUAUGCAUUACAACAGCAACACGUAUGUUACUUUUCUUCAAAGAUACGUUAUUAAUUUGGGCAGCACAACUUCUACAAAAUGCAAUUCAAGUUCGAUUAUGUACUUUUAGCUCAGUAUAUCGUUCAAUGCUGGUAAUUUUAUCAAAUUCGCGAAUAUCUGUUAGUUAUUUGGGUACUGAGCCAUCGUUAUUUCGUCUUCCAGCACCACAAACGCGCUUCAUUGAUUUCCAACAGCGCUACAAAGAAUUCACUGAGCUUGAAGCAUUAAUACAUAAAAAACCGCUAGAAUUAAUUGAGGGUACUACACCGAAAAAUUCAUUAACACUAAAUUGCACAUACGAUGGCUUAGAUUCUAAAUCGCGAGCAGAAAAAUUAUCAGAAGAAGUUCCGUCUUUAACGCUAAACAUUGAAUUAUUGAGUGAAGUACAUUUACUUGACGUCAAAUUGAUAUGUUCAACAGAAUUUUAUACUGAACACAAAUAUAUAUCAUUUCCUGCCAUUGAUGGUUCACAAAAAUUAUCAGCAGGUAUAUACGUUUUACAUCAACCUGUAUAUGAUUUGCGAUGUAAACUUUAUGCGUUCUCCUCACAAUUUGGUAAUGUGAUUGGUGAGGAAUUGAGAAUGCCUUUGAAUUUGAUGUGUCAUACAGUAAGCACUCAACGAAAUGCACAAUACAAAGUAACUAUCGAAUCAACACUACCUGCUCUUGAUAUAACACAAUUAUUUCCCGAAUUUGAAGCUGAAAGUAAUACGGCAAUUGGUUUUCAACCAUAUUUAUCGGGAACGGUUGUUUCAAUCUAUGUAUCUCAGAAAUGCAAGCGUUAUCGAAUUCAAGCGGAAAGCCUAAAUUUCAUUUAUUUAUUUGCCGAUGAAUUAAUCGUAAGGAUACAAGAGAAACAACCGGAAGCAAAACUAAACUGCACACUUCCAUUAGAUCAGAUUCUUCACGAAAUUGAUGUUUAUGUUGAGCAUGAAAAAAGAAAAUUGGAAGAAGAGAAAGAAUUAGAACGAUUUUGCACUCUUUUACGUAAUGUUCAAGCAGCUAUAUUAAUAAAACUAAGAGGUGAACGACCAACCGAAGUUGAUCAUAUGAAUACUUUGUUGAAUUAUACAUAUCAACAGAUAUUAUGUUGUGUAGAUCGCUUAGAACAGUUAAAUGAAGCGUUGCGUUCUGCUACUUUAUCAUUAUCAACUGCACUGAAUCUGAUACAUUUAAUAACUUCCCUUAAGGGAAAUCCAUUACCUCUGGAUAGCACUAUUGUCAGCAAUUCCGGACAGUCUGUUUGGGAACGAAUCAAAUGGGCAAUAUCAACAUUUAAAUCAAUUGAUUUAAAUACUAAUUUGACAUCAAAUGAUUUACGAUAUUUAUUACAAAGUAUUUGUGAAGGUAGUUGUGGUGCAAUGGCUUAUAUACAUGAAGAUAGCAAAGAAGAGGAAGAUGAUAAUGAACUACAGCAAUUCGAGUCAAUUGUUGAUCCAUUAAUUUCCGGUUUAUUACCUUUUGAUGAAUUCAACAAAUAG